CAAUAACGACAUGGCGGCCGAACAACAGGUUUGUAGCUGUAGGUUGUACAGUUGACUGACAUACUCAUGCUCGUGAUGCCAUGACGACUCUGUCCUACCAGGUAGCUGGAGCUGGAGGCGGGGACGGAGGGGAGAGGCCUCCGAGGAAAUGGAAAGACUGGGCACUGGAGAGAGAGACGGAGCUCCGACUGGAGGCGCCGGACCAGGAGGGCUCUCUCAUCGACAUCAAGUUGGUGAGAGGGACAGCUGAGGUGUUUGGAACAGAGGUGGCUAGGAACCAGAGCUACUCCCUGUGUCCCAGAAUGAAGCUGGCCAUCUUUACCUGGCACGGCUGCACCGUUCGCGUGGAGGGGGAGCCCCAGGUCGCUUACAUCUCCGAGGAGACCCCAAUGAUCAUGUACCUCAACACCCACAUAGCGGUGGACCAGUUGCGACAUCGUCGGGAGAAAGAGGGCCAGAUUGGACCGAGGGUUAGUCCCCCAGUCCCCCAAACACACACACACACAAAGCGAUGAUUGCCAUGCUUUUAUUCUGUUUCUUCUUUCCGAGAGCAGUCCUGCCCCCUCUCAGGUGAUGUUAGCUGGAGCCACUGACGUGGGGAAGAGCACUCUCUGUAGACUUCUACUGUCGUACGCUGCACGACUCGGCCGCCAGCCGUGUCUGGUGGACUGCGACGUGGGCCAGGGCUCCGUCUCCAUUCCAGGCAGUCUCUGUGUCCUCUCUGUCGAAAGACCGGCCGACAUUGAGACGGGAGAGUUCAACAAACAAGCCUCUCUGGUGUACUCAUACGGAGCUACCACUCCAUCAGACAAUUUCAAACUGUACACGACUGUCGUCACUAGCAUGGCCGCCAUGUUUAGAGAGAGGUGCACCGCCAGACCAGCAACCAAGAGUGGUGGGUGUGUCAUCAACACAUGUGGGUGGGUCGAAGGUCAAGGGUACAAUGCUCUCGUCCAUGUUGCAGAGGCCUUUGAAGUGGACGUGGUUUUGGUGUUGGAUCACGAGCGUCUGACCCUUGACCUCCAGCGAGACCUCCCCAAGACAACGGAGAUAGUUCCUCUGCCCAAGUCGGGAGGAGUGGUGGCGAGGACGAGGGAGUUCAGACGGAGGAACAGAGAGGACGCCGUGAGGGAAUACUUCUACGGCAAGAGACCACACCUCCUCUCCCCUUUCUCCUUUGAGGUGGCCUUCUCUGACAUUCAGAUCUGCAAGAUUGGAGGUCGGCUCAGUACUGUUUUAUUUUCUCUCUCUCCUCUCUCUGUCUUCAAGUGAUGGUUACACAGCACAGGCGGCAGCAUUUUUUGUUCAUUUCAGCUCCUGCAGUUCCCCAGUCAGCCUUGCCUCUGGGGAUGGAGAAAGUGGACGGCAGUGUCCUCCUGGUCCACGAGGAGCCCAGUGAGCAACUCUAGCUAGGAUCCCUCCCUGUUCCUCCCUCACUCCCUCUGUCUCCAGCCAAACAGUUGAGUCACACAAUAGUCAGUCUCAGUAUGGCCAACUCCACUGAGGAAGAUGUGGCCUCUACCCCCUCCGCCGGAUUCCCUCUGCAUCACUGAUGUGGAUAUGGAGGCUAAGACACUCACAGUCCUAUCUCCUGCCCCUCACCCUCUGCCUCGCAAGAUACUAAUUAGGACCAACCUUCAGUUCAUGGACUUCCAAUAGAUUGCUGUGUUGUUAACAUCCACUCAUCAUUAUUUUUAUGAAUUUUUAAUAGAACAGUUGAUGAGCGUGCAAAUAUAUUUGCUUAAUAAACAUUGUGCCUGC